UGGAAAAUUAAAUACAAAAAUAUGGUUGGACACUUUAAUAAUCUAAUACACACUUUUGAAUUUGUCCUCACUUGCAACCAAACCCUUUCACCACAAACCCUUUUCCUCAAAAACUAUAAUUCAUUGGUGCGUGUGCUAAACAUCUCACUCGAUGGCCAACUCGACAUUUCAUUGCCAAUAGCCAUAAAUUGCAAUGAAAUUAGCCAGUCAGUGAAUGAAAGCAAUCAGCACCGGCGCUUCGAGUUUGACCUGGCGCCUUUUCACUUGUCUUCCAAGAAAAACAAGCUAACUGUGGUGGGAAGUGACGCCGCUGGGUUACUAUGGCCUUCGAUUGAAAACUCUUUUACUGUAGCAUGCGUGUCUUUGUACGACGAUGUGGUGGAUGAGCCAGCAUCUAAUGAAAGCUCAUGCUCCGGCACUUUUUGUUGUGAGACUCUCAUACAAAACACCCUAUCCAAUUUCGUCUAUUUAUCUUCUACAAAUAUCUUCAGCAAUCGGCCUUCCGACACCUGCGGUUAUGCAUUUCUGGUUAAGGACGGAGCCUACAGUUUCUCUAGCAAAGACCUUGUCGACAUUGACGAAUGCAAGGAACUAUCCCAUGACUGUUUUGAGGGGGCUACAUGCAAAAACUUUCCUCCUGGGAACUACACUUGUCGCUGUCCACAUGGGCAUAGAGGAGAUGGCAGAAAAAGUGGAGCAAAAUGCACUCGCAAAAGCAAUAUAAUCAUAAUUGCUUUGAUUUUGGAGGCUGUGGAAGACUUGGCAAACACUGAGUUUGUGCCUCCAGAGGGAGAAGAUGAAGGAGAAUGUAGCUUUUUGGGAAGCAUCUGCUCCCAAAAAUCCUUGGGAAAUCUUGACCCUUCUGAUAGAACAACGAAAGCAAGCAGAAAGAAGAACAAUAACUGGUGCCUCCAAAAACCUGACAUCAUGAUGAUGAUUAAUACUAUUACUACUACUCAGGAACUGCACAGAGCCUUCCUUUGACUUUAAAUAGAGAAGCUUUAGAGGGAUUUUGGCAGCAGACAUGUUCAGUAAUGUACGGAGGCUGCCAACUUGGUUGGUUGGGGAAGGAUGUGAAAAUGGCAGACAAUAAAUAUGCUAUUUGAUAAUUCUAUGCUGUUAAGCAAUCCAUGUUGUUGCUCUCUGUGUGUAAUAAACUAGUUAAAUCAGAGUAUGCAUGUGUCACUAAUUUUAUUAAUAAAUAAAUAAUCACUUUGA